AUGGAAAAAAGUGAAGAAUUAGAAAAAGCAUCUGAAAAAGACCCUAUUUCAUUCUGGAAAUCACUCAAAACAAGUACCGAUAAUCUAGAUUUCAAUGAAACUAAAAAUAUGCCCGCAGAAGAUGAAUGGUUGACUUAUUUUGAAAAACUACAUUCUGAACAUAAAUUAGGUGAUGAGCAAGAAGAAAUCCUUGAAUGCUUAGAAAACUAUGAAAAAACCAAGGAUCAAUUUAAUAAACUUGAUGGAACUAUCACUGAUACAGAUUUACUAAAUGCAGCAAAAAAUAUGAAAUUAAAGAAAGCUGCUUACAGCGACAAAAUUAAAAAUGAAAUGAUCAAAUCUAGCACUGGAAUCCUCUUAAAAGGAUAUCUUAAAGUCUUCAAUGCCAUUUUAAUAUCUGGACACUUUCCAGAAUCGUGGUGUGAAGGCAUUAUAACUCCAAUAUUUAAAUCAGGAAACUCUUUAGAUCCCAGCAAUUACAGAGGAAUCUGC